CCUAGCAACAGACGACCCUGUCCCCGCGUCACGUGAAAGACGUCAUCGUGUUCCACGGCACUUUUGAGCGGCGUGUCUAGACGAUGAUGACGUCACCGACGGUCUUCGUCGUCAAGCAAGAGCCACGCAGCGACGGCGAAGGCGGCAUCGAAGUGGCUGCUCCCUUAUCCAACUGCGCCGGGGCAUGCGGUGGCAAGAACUACGCGAACGCCGACGACAGCGGCGGCAGCGGUGGAAACUGCGGCAAGUGCGGUACCUCUUCGGCCUGCAGGACUUCGUCGGACAAGGACCGCGUGAAGUGCUCCACCUGCAACAAGGUGCUGGCCAACCGCACCACCUUGCUCAAGCACUUGCGGAUCCACACGGGCGAGAAGCCGUACCCGUGCCCCAAAUGCAAGCGCUGCUUCCGCCAGAAGGAGCACCGCGACAAGCACGUGAACGUGCACACCCAGGGCAAAGCGUUCGAGUGUGUGGUGUGCAGCAUGACGUUCGGAAGACGCCACUUCCUCGAGAAGCACAUGCAAUGCAUCCACAAGCUGGACUUGAGGUCCGCCUUCGAGCAGCAUGCAGUCAUCUUCCUGGAGGGUUCCAUUCAAGUUCAGCCCGUUCUCGAGCUACAGGUGGAAACCGUCGAGGCACCACCGCGGGCCCCCAAGCCUCCUCCAGCACCGGCACACCGGUGUCCGGUGUGCCGCCGGACGUUCAGCCUGCGCUACAACCUGCGCCGGCACAUGCGCACCCAGCACGGCCAAACGAGCAACACGUGCCUCCACUGCGGCAAGGGCUUCAAGCGAGUGUCCGGCUUGCGCACGCACGAGAACACGCACUCGGACGCUCGCCCUUACCAGUGCUCGCUGUGCGGCCGCUGCUUCGGCCAGAAGCACCACCUCAUGAGGCACCACUUGGUGCACGCGCCCAAGAUAAACAUCGUCUGCUCCGUCUGCCAGAAGGGCUUCCGCUACGCGUCGACCUUCUUCGAACACAUGGCCAUCCACGAUGCCGAAGAGGAGAUGAAGAAGAAGAACAAGCAGGAGCUCCGCACGUCGCCGGAGGAAGUCCCAGAAGAAGGCGGAAGGCCCGAGGAGGAAGCCGUCGAGCACAUUAAGAAAACCACGAGUCCACUUGAGCAGGAACGCGCAGAAGACCAAGCCUUCGCCAUGUACAUGCUCCAGACGACGCAUCAGGAGCACCAGACGACGCACCAGGAGCUCCAGACGGCGCCUCAGGAGCAGCAGUGGCUUCAAGAGGAUUACGUUGCCAUCGAGAACCUGGAUUUGGAAUGCAUGUUUUGCGGAAGGCCAAUGUUCGAUCCUCAUGAACUUUACCAGCACCUUCUGGAACACUGUAGAGAAACGUGCGGUGUCGAUCGGGACGAAUGCUGGGAAAUUGGGGGCGCAGACGAGAUACUUGGUCUCUGACCCUGCGGACGUUUCGAAUAUAAAACGCCUUCGUUUGAGACCCGAGA